AUGGCGAGUUACCUGUACACCGCCUACCACCCCUACUCCUACCGCUACCCGCCGCCCAAGGGCAAAGGGGGAGCGGCGGGCGGCUGGCGGCCCCGGGGCAGCGGCUACUUCUCGGGUUACGGGGACGCGGCGGCGGCCGCCGAGUACUUCGACAACUACCAGCGGGCGCAGCUGAAGGCCAUCCUGUCCCAGGUCAACCCCAACCUGACGCCGCGGCUCCGCAAGGCCAACACCAAGGAGGUGGGCGUGCAGGUGAACCCGCGGCAGGACGCCUCGGUGCAGUGCUCGCUCGGGCCCCGCACGCUGAUGCGCCGCCGCCCCGGCCCCGCCGCGCCGCGGCCCCGCGAGGCGGAGCAGGAGCUGGGCAGCCCCGCCACCACCAGCACCCGCGCCGUGCGCUUCCCCCGCACCAUCGCCGUCUACUCGCCCAUGGCGUCCCGCAGACUCACCGCCUUCCUGGAGGAGCCGAGCGCGGAGCCGGAGCAGCCGCCGCAGCAGCAGGACAAGGCGGCGGCGGCGGCCGUCGAGGAGGAGCCGGCCGCGCUGAGAGAACAGCGGGAGGCGGAGGCGGCCGCCGUGCGGGCAAGCUGGGAGAAGCCCACCGAGGGUGGUGCCGAGGCGCUGGGGCAGCGCCCGGCCGAGCCCCUGGAGCAGCGCCCGGCCACCACCCCGGAGCCGCCAGCGGCGACGGAGACAGGCCAGGAGGAGGAGGUUGAGGUGGCGGUGGCAGAGGCAGCGCGGGCAGAGCCGGCAGAGCCGCCGGCCGCACCCCAGAAGCGGGAGCCGUCGGCGGGCAAGACCCGCCUGCGCUUCCAGUUUCUGGAGCAGAAGUACGGGUACUACCACUGCAAGGCCUGCAAUAUCCGCUGGGAGAGCGCCUACGUCUGGUGCGUCCAGGGCACCAACAAGGUCUAUUUUCGGCAGUUCUGCCGGACCUGCCAGAAGUCCUACAACCCGUACCGUGUGGAGGAUAUCACCUGCCAGAGCUGCAAGCAGACGCGGUGCACCUGCCCCGUGAAGAUGCGCCACGUGGAUCCCAAGAGGCCCCACCGCCAGGACCUCUGUGGCAGAUGCAAAGGGAAACGCCUCUCCUGUGAUAGCACAUUCAGUUUCAAAUACAUCAUCUGAGUGGGUUAGGGGUUUUUUUUGGUUUUGUUUAGGGCUCUUCUAGAAAACUGCAAGUAGAGCAGAUUUUUUUUGUUGUUGGUAUUGUUGAAGAUACUUAGUGAGGUGUAGCUAGGAAAGCAUGAAAAUAAAAGUACUGCAAAGCAUACUCAGAUGAUCAGGUGGGUUUGUGCUCAGCAGAGGGUGCAUAUUGCAAAUUCUGUAACUUGCACAGGGGAAGAGCCCACAAGUGUUCUGUAAAUUGGUGAUGGUUUUGGAAGUACCUGGCUCAGGGCCUUGUAGCAUUUCAGGUGGAUACGGUUUCUGUUACUGCUCCUACUCUUGAACUAGUCAAACACUUGAAGUUAACAUCAAAUCAACAUCUACAGUAGUUAGUAGACCAUCAUUCAUGAACUAAACACAUAAUAGUAUUCACUUACUGUACCCACCUGUAGUCCAUGUAGAAAGUAUCCUGCACCUGUUUUUCGUCACUAGAAAAUG